AUGCAAAGAUGUGCGCUUAAGCAAGCAGAUUUACGCCGAUGUACAAUUACCGGGCAUCGUCGUGCAAAUGGCAAUGAGUGGAAUGAGAUUGAAGAAAAACUAUCCGAAUAUGAAAAUCUCACAGACACUGAACGGAAACAAAUUAUGAACACGUUCUCAAUUAAGAGAAGGCCAGCCAUUCAUAGGACGCAGCUAACCGAUUCCGAUAAAGUGGACCUGGAAAUACAAAGAAUGUUAAACAUGGGCAUUAUUCAACGUUCAAGAAGUCCAUUUAUCAAUCCAAUUGUACCCGUUAUCAAAAAAGAUGGAUCAGACCGGUUGUGCCUCGACGCGAGGAAAUUGAAUGACAUUUUGAUCGAAGACUGGGAAUGUCCAGAGUCGGCUGAAGUUUUAUUCCAAAAAUGUAAAGGAAUGAACAUCAUGACGAAUCUAGAUAUAACAAGCAGCUUCUGGCAGGUGCCAUUACAUCCCGAUUCGCGCUAA